UCAAAACAUCUCAAAAGAGCUUCAGGGGCUUCUAUUGUAAAGUGUGGUGACUGUGCUUCACUACUGCAGUAGUGUGUGACCUCCCUUGUUUGGGUAGGAGUCUGGGUAAAGGGGUAAACACUGAUGCCGACAGAGAUGUUCACCUCCAAGCUGCUGACUCUGGUGAUAGUGGUUAAACCGCAGCAGGUUCUCCUGGGCUUGAAGAAACGUGGCUUUGGGGUCGGACGGUGGAACGGGUUCGGAGGCAAAUUGCAGCCUGGAGAGAGCAUCGAGCAAGCCGCCAAGAGGGAAUUAUGGGAGGAGAGCAGCCUGACCGUGGACAGCCUGGAAAAAAUCGGAAACAUCCGGUUCGAGUUUGUCGGGGAGACCGAGAUCCUGGACGUUCACAUAUUCCGCACGGACCAUUACCACGGAGAACCGUCCGAAUCCGAGGAGAUGCGGCCACAGUGGUUUGACCUGGAUGCCAUCCCAUUUGACCGGAUGUGGCCGGACGAUAUCUACUGGUUCCCGCUGUUGCUCCAGAAGAAGAAAUUCCAAGGUUACUUCAAAUUCCAGGGACAUGAUACUAUCCUGGACUAUACACUGCAGGAGGUGGAGGAGUUACCGGUUGACAAAUAAUCAGGGACAGAGAUCGGGGUGGGGGGGAAAGAGAGGUGCACUGACCCUAGAGGGUGGGAGUGAGGAGGGAGACAGUGUUACAUUCGGUACCAGCCUCCUGCAAUGAAAUGUAACCAAAACUACCCCCCGUACCCUCCCAAAUUCAAGUAAGGUUACCAAUCCUUGCAUUUGAUAUCGCGCCUUAUCACGUUUUCGGGACU